UACGGGAUGGCACGUACUAAGCAGACAGCUCGCAAGUCCACCGGCGGCAAAGCCCCGCGCAAGCAGCUCGCCACCAAGGCCGCCCGCAAGAGCGCUCCGGCCACCGGCGGCGUGAAGAAGCCCCACCGCUACCGUCCCGGCACCGUGGCUCUGCGCGAGAUCCGGCGCUACCAGAAGUCCACCGAGCUGCUGAUCCGCAAGCUGCCGUUCCAGCGCCUGGUGCGCGAAAUCGCGCAGGACUUCAAGACCGACCUUCGCUUCCAGAGCUCGGCGGUCAUGGCCCUUCAGGAGGCCAGCGAGGCCUACCUUGUGGGUCUGUUUGAGGACACCAAUCUGUGCGCCAUCCACGCCAAGCGUGUGACCAUCAUGCCCAAGGACAUCCAGCUGGCCCGCCGCAUACGUGGAGAGAGAGCUUAAACCAUCCUACGUGCAGUUAACCCAAAGGCUCUUUUCAGAGCCACACA